AUGGGCUCGGCCGUGAGCGCCGGCGCGCGGCUCAACGAGGAGGACGUGCAGAUGAUCUGCGGCGAGAUGUACGACACGGACGCGCGAAGCGCCUUCGCGGCCGCGUCGAGCGACGGCUUCGUGAGCGCCGAGGCGGCCCUCGCCUACGCGAAGAGCAAGCCGGCGCUCGAGGACCAGGUCGCCAAGGACGCCGCCGUGCGCGCGGAGAUGAAGAAGCAGUCGACGCGGCGGGUCAUAGAGGAGCAGCGGCAGCGGCCGCCCGAGGCGCCGACGCCGACGGCCGCGGACAAGAAGCGGACGAACCUCACGGCCUUUGCUUUGGAGGACCACGUGAAGAAGACGUUCCCCAUGAUGGUCAUGCCCAUCGCGACGUUUUUAGAGUUGGAGACGAUGCGGCCCUACGAGGAAUUGCUCGCCGAAGGCAAGAUCUUCGAGUGGGACGAGGCCAAAGGCCCCGUCUUCUUCCUGUCCCACCAGUGGACGUCCUUCGACCACCCGGACCACACGGGACUGCAGCUCGCCACGGCCAAGGCCGUCUUCCGGGGCCUGGCCGCGGGCGACGUCGUCGACCGCUUUACGUCCGAAAAGGAGUGGGAGGACUGGUCCCUCAAGGAUAGCAUCUACGCGCGCAACUUCAACGCGCGGCUGCCCUACGAGGCGCUCACGCCCCGGCACCUCGCCGCCGAGGCGACGCGGGGCCACGUCUGGCUCGACUACGCGUGCGUGCCCCAGGCCGGGGACGCGCAGGACGCGCGCCUCGCGGCCAUCGAGUCCAUCCCCCACUACAUCGACGCGGCGCUGACCUUCAUGGUGCUCUGCCCGAAGAUCGAGCACAAGGAGAAGGCCGAGGCCUGCGACUACCACAGCUGGCGGAGCCGGGGCUGGUGCCGCUUCGAGGAGCAGGUCAACGAGCUCAAGCUCUUCGAGACGCACUUCGACGAGGAGUGGAUGCACGGCAUCACGAAGUGGGACGUGCCCCGGCGGCCGUUGAUCGUCACGGGCGAGGCGUCCAUCUCCACGGUCGACGUCAUGGACCACUUCUACACGCUCGGCCUCCGCUGCAACAGCGUGCUCAACGGCGACUUCGCGUGCUGCGCGCUGAACCACGAGAAGACCUUCGCCGACGGCUCGACGGUCUGCAUCCCCUGCGACAAGAAGCGCCUCAAGCCCUUCUGCGUGUCCCUCUGGGAGCGCAAGUGCGAGCACAUGAAGACGGCGAGCGCGUUCGUCCAGUUCAUGUACUUUUGGCGCUACAAGAGCCACGUGACGAUGAUGCAGGCCGAGACGCUCGAGGACACGCCGGAGAACACGGAGGACCCGGCCCUCGCGACGCUCGAGGACGUCAAGGCCAAGUACAACCUCGCGGACGACGGCGGCAUGUGGGAGGCCUACAAGUCGCUCAUGGCCAUGAACUGGGGCAUGAUGAAGAUGCCCCAGAACCCGGACAUGUUCUGCUGGCAGGGCGACGAGGGCCGGGCGAACCUCGAGGCGUUCCGGUGCCGCGUCGACCGACACGCGGCGGACGUCGAGAAGAACGGCAUGGUCAACCUCCUGCUGACCUACAUGGUCGCCGAGGGCAACCUGAAGAUGCUGGGCCCCUUCUUCGUCAUGAUCACGAUGCUCGACUUCUGCGCGACGAAGGGCAACGACCGCGUGCUCCGGUACAUCCUCGACACCGUGGGCCCGGAGAAGGCGGAGAUCGACCGCCUGUCCACGGUCACGCACAUCGCCGCCGUCGACCGCGCCUGCAAGAGCGGCAUGCUCUCGAGCCUCGACAUCCUCGUCGCGCACGGCGCCAAGGUCGUCGGCUUCGAGCGGUUCAACGGCGAGACGUGCGCGCACUCCGCGGCCAUGCACGGCCACGUCCACAUCCUCAAGCGCCUCCACGAGCUCGGCGUCGACAUGUUCGCCGUGACGCGCAACAACUACACGGGGCUCGGCGGCGGCGGCCUCGGCGCGGGCAAGUCCGCGCUCGACUACGCGCGCCAGUGGAACAACUCCGCCGCGGUCGCCUACCUCGAGAGCCUCCAGUACGAGGUCCGGCCCGUCGAGCCGACGGCGGCGGAGCUCCCCUAG